AUGGUAGAAAAAGCUGGUCCAAAGACGCCUUCCUUGGUGAAGAGGUCGAGCUCGUCGAUGUCGGCUUCAGGCAAACAGCAGCAGAGCAUUCUAGGCUUCUUUUCCAAAGCGUCGUCUCAGACUGGAACAUCCGCUGCCUCAGCAAAAUCCACAGCCAAUAACAGCACCACCACAAAGCAGUCGCCCACAAACAAUUCAUCGCCAUGCCUCAAAGAAAAGACCAACCUCAACUCCCUCCAGCUGAACAAGAAGCGGCCGUCUAUCACCACUCCCGUCCCUAGCAGUGACGCUAUCGAGCCUUCCAGCUCCCAGGAGAACCACUCAGACGCCACUGUCAAGGUAUACCGCGACUCGCUUCCAUCGCCAAUUACACCUGCUGAGCUCCCAUCCAAGCAGGCAGCACUACCAAAAAUGAUGAUUGGAAGCAGCCCUUCACGCAAAGCGAAGAAGACCGUUAGUUACGCAGAAUCUUCGGACGAAGAAGACGACGAGGACACUGUGGUGUCUAGAAGACCAACACGCCGCUCGCGGGCAGUCGUCAAAGAUGACGAGGAUGACUAUCAAGAGGACAGCAAAGAUGCCGUGGUGGAAGAAGACGAUGUGGACAUGGACGAUUUUGUCGUCUCAGAUGAUUCAGACGCACCUUCCAAGAAACGCAAACGCUCUGCCCCCAAAGCACAGGCAGCCCGAAAGCGUUCGCAUGCAUCCUCGCCGCCAACUAUCCAAGAGGAAUAUGAGGAAGACGGAAUUGACGAGCUUAUGGAAGAAAUCCCCAGUACCUCCACCGCACAGCAGUGGAAGUACGAUCCAGAAAGUGUCAAUCCUGUCAAGAUGCGAUCUCCAUCCACAUCUUCCAAGGCAACCGCAGCAAAAGGCAAAGCGCACACAAGAGAGCCCGAGGACAGAUAUCCAUGGUUGGCCAAGAUCACCGACCUGAAUCGAAAUCCCCCCGGCCACCCAGAUUACGACCCCUCGACCGUAUACGUGCCUCCCAUGGCUUGGAACAAAUUCUCGGCAUUCGAGAAGCAAUACUGGGAAAUCAAACACAAGCUUUGGGAUACUGUUGUCUUCUUUAAAAAGGGAAAGUUCUACGAGCUGUAUGAGAAUGACGCAACCAUAGGCCACCAGCUCUUUGACCUUAAACUGACUGAUCGUGUCAAUAUGCGCAUGGUGGGAGUCCCAGAGAGUUCGCUGGACAUCUGGGUGAACCAGUUCAUUGCCAAGGGUUACAAGGUCGCUCGAGUCGAUCAGAUGGAGAGUGCUCUUGGCAAGGAGAUGCGUGAGCGUGAUGACAAGGCCAAGAAGCAGGACAAGAUUAUCCGGCGAGAACUGGCUUGCAUUCUGACUGGCGGAACACUCGUCGACGGUGCCAUGCUGCAAGAUGACAAUGCCACCUACUGCGUCGCCAUCAAGGAGGCAACUAUUGAUGACCACCCUGCCUUCGGUAUAGCCUUUGUCGAUGCGGCGACUGGCCAAUUUUUCAUCUCGCAAUUUGAAGAUGACAUUGAUCUGACAAAGUUCGAGACUUUUGUGGCACAGACCAACCCCCGAGAGCUUCUGCUCGAGAAGUCUCGCAUCUCCUCAAAGGCACUUCGCAUACUGAAGAACAAUACGGCUCCCACAACAAUUUGGAAUUACUUCAAGCCGACCACUGAAUUUUGGGAGGCCGACACCACCCGUCGCGAACUCGGUUGCAAUGAUUAUUUCAAGGCAGACGAUGAGUCAGAGGAUACAUGGCCAGAGGUUCUGGCAGAAGCAAAGAGCAAAGACCUGCUCAUGUCGGCAAUGGGUGCCUUGGUUCAAUAUCUCCGUGUGCUAAAGAUCGAGCGUAGCCUUCUCUCGCAAGGCAAUUUUACUUGGUAUAGUCCCAUUCAUAAGAAUGGCACACUAAUCCUUGAUGGGCAAACGCUCAUCAACCUCGAGAUUUUUACCAACACCGUCAAUGGCGGCUCCGAAGGCACGCUCUUCAAUCUCUUGAAUCGCUGCGUGACACCAUUCGGAAAGAGAAUGUUUCGGCAAUGGGUGUGCCACCCUCUGUGCAACACGCAGAAGAUCAACGAGAGAUUGGACGCGGUUGACCUGCUCAAUAACAAUAUUGAGAUGCGCGAGCAAUUUUCAGCAAACAUGACACGCAUGCCCGAUCUGGAACGUCUCAUCUCUCGGGUGCAUGCGGGCGCUUGCAGACCUGAGGAUUUUGUACGGGUACUAGAAGGUUUUGAACAGAUUGAGUAUACCAUGAGUCUUUUGGGAGCAUUCGGGGGCGGCAACGGUCUAGUGGAUCGCCUCAUUGCAUCCAUGCCUGACCUUGGAGAGCCUCUGUCGUAUUGGAAGUCAGCGUUUGAUCGCAAGAUCGCUCGGGAGGAGAAAAUGUUGAUCCCUGCACGAGGGAUCGAGGAGGAGUUUGACGCCAGCCAUGACACAAUUGCGGAGAUCAAGUCGCGGCUAAAUCGUCUUCUUACGAAGAAGAAGAGCGAGCUCAAUGUCAAGAGCAUCAAGUUCACUGAUGUCGGCAAAGAAGUGUAUCAGCUUGAAGUACCCAAGAGCACCAAGGUACCCAAGGACUGGCGCCAGAUGUCGGCAACAGCCAGUGUCAAACGUUACUACUUCAAGGAGCUGUCAGACCUUGUUCGCCAGCUCCAAGAAGCUGAAGAGACCCAUGCGCAACUUAUAAAAGAGGUUGCGUUCAGUCUAUUCAGACGCUUCGAUGUGGAUUACGGUACUUGGCUGCAGGCCAUUCGUAUCAUUUCACAGCUUGACUGCCUCAUCAGUCUCGCCAAAUCUUCUGCUGCACUUGGCGAACCUAGUUGCCGCCCAGUAUUUGUCGAUUCGGACCGUACCGUGGUCGACUUUCAAGAAUUGAGGCACCCCUGCAUGCUCAAUACCGUGGAUGAUUUCAUACCCAACGACAUUGUUCUCGGUGGAGAAGCGGCCAAGAUCAGUCUACUCACGGGUGCCAAUGCUGCUGGAAAGUCAACAGUCCUCCGCAUGUCAUGUGUUGCAGUCAUCAUGGCUCAAAUUGGUCACUACAUUCCGGCAACCAGUGCACGUCUAUCGCCAGUAGAUCGCAUCAUGAGCCGACUUGGUGCCAACGACAAUAUAUUUGCGGCACAGUCGACCUUCUUUGUCGAAUUAUCCGAGACCAAGAAGAUUCUCUCGGAAGCUACUCCCAGAUCACUGGUCAUUCUGGAUGAGCUGGGCCGUGGUACCUCUUCCUAUGAUGGUGUUGCAGUCGCACAAGCUGUCUUGCACCACGUCGCCAGUCACAUUGGCUGUGUAGGAUUCUUCGCCACCCAUUACCAUUCCCUAGCUACCGAGUUCGAGUCACACCCCGAGAUCCAACCCAAGCGCAUGAAGAUUGAUGUCGAUGAUGCCAACCGGAGAGUCACAUUUCUUUACAGGCUCGAAGAUGGCGUGGCAGAAGGCAGUUUUGGUAUGCACUGCGCAGCCAUGUGCGGCAUCAAGGAUAGUGUGAUCGAGAGGGCAGAGGAAGCUGCCAAAGAAUGGGAGCACACGUCCAGGCUCAAGGAGAGCCUGGAGAAGGCAAGAGAAGGCUGCUGGAUCCCGCUCGGAGUCCUCAGCGAUGUUGCAGCUGUCCUUGAUCCAAGCAAAAGCGAAGACGUCAGCUCUAGGAGUUUAGAUGUUCUCCUCAAGGCAAUCGAAGCUCUUUGA